AUGGCUUCCGCACCGUGGAAGCUCUUCUCGGCACUUGCCUUUGCUGGAGCAUACGGCCUGUGGUCUAACUCAUCGUCUACAUGUGACAGUGAGCCCAACGCCCUGCUCCAACAUCACCGGACUGCCGUGGAGAAGGCGGACGUGUUCACGUUUAAG